AUGACAGUUAAAGUGAAGGUGGUUUGUUCAGUGUUACGCAUCUGAAGGAAUGAGAAAGUGCUUUCAGGCCUGAUCAUGAGUGCAGGAGGCGAGGCAGGGUUCAGAGAUGAUCCGCUCCUCAUGACCACAAACCCUCUCAGUCCCACCGGCAACAUGGAUGAUUUCAGGACGCGCAUCAGUGGCGCAGACAACGCGCUGUUUGGAGAGACUUUAACUCGGCACACAGCAGUUAAUCUGGCUAUUGGUGGACUCACAUCUCUGUUUGUCCUAGUAACUGUCAUCAGUUCUUUUGUCUUCCCUACACCUCCUCCGACAGCAUUAAAUAUUUUCUUUGUGGUCUGCAUCAUCAUGAUCUGUUCUUCUCUAUUGGUGCUGAUAUUCUGGUAUCGUCAAGGUGAUCUGGAUCCAAAGUUUUGUGGUCUGAUUUAUUAUUCCGUAGGUCUCAUUAUCCUCCUCUGUCUGUGUGCCAAUCUGUACUUCCAUGAUGUCGGACGAUGACGUGAUUCAGACACACCACUUGACCUUCAUUAUUCUGUCAAGCAAGCACAAUAAAAAGUGAUUUUAUUUGUCAGAAGCUGAGCCUCACAGUUUUGAUUGUGUGCACAGGUGAUAAGAUGCUUGUUGAAAUCUAUUAGUUUUUAUUUAAAUAUUUGGACUUUUUGAAUUUAUUUUAUUUUUUAUUUUUUUGUCAAAGCUGAAUAUUUAUAUGCUGAAUAUUUUUGUACAUUAUUUUCUGUUGCUGUCAUGAGUCAGUCAUUCUAAAUAAAGCAGCAUUUCAGUUAGU